UUUUUCGAGGCUUCUUCUUGUUUGCGAGGCAAGAGAAGUCUUCUUGGGGUAACCGGAACCCGACCGGCUGGCGGCGAGUAGAACCACCUUUUUUCCAACAAUUUCUGUGCGUGUUGCGGGUGCGCCUCUUCCGCCACGCAUUGCCAGAAGUAUGGAGUUCGAUAGACAGUGCAUCGUUUCUUGGCCCACCCACCGUUUUUCUUUUUCCGUACUCCGGAAGAAAAUUAGGUGAGCAGCGGGUUUUGAACCCGUGUCUUUUGCAACCAAAAGUAGUCAACUGACAUCUCUUCGUCGACGCCAGUGUGGAAAAGAGGGUUUCGUCCUCGACAGAAGUGGGGAGUUCCAACCUUUAUGAAGGUGUUCUCCACACUCGCGUUGUAUUUCAUUNCGAUCACCCUCCCUGUCGAUAGAGAGAAGAAAGAGUGCUCGCGUUGUAUUUCAUCGGCUCAUCCCGCUGAAGCCUGACGUUUUCUUACUACAUUGAUUGGUCGGCUUGGUCGGCUGGCGGGUUUCUACAGGCAUCUGAAGAUGAUCGACGUCGAAGGUAAGAGGUCGUCGUUCACCUCUCAGAACAUCAAGGACGAGGACGGCAAGGUCCUUCGGGACCCCACGUUUAUUCGCCAACGGUGGGCACGGUGGUUCCACAAGCUUCUCAACACCAAGUCGCCGACCAUCGACCUGCAUGCGGCUGACAAGGUCAAGCGGGGGCCCACGUGCGUGCCACUCGACGACAUCCCAUCUCUACUUGAGGUUGAGGAAGCGGUACGGGAAAUGGCCAACAGAAAGGCCGUCGGGCCGGACGACCUACCGGCUGAGCUGAUCAAGCUUUUUUUCCUGGACGGAGAUCAAGGUCUCCUCCGCGAAUUCCACGCCAUUGUCGUGGACAUGUGGCAGACUGGGGACGUACCACAGCAGUGGAAAGAUGCCACCAUCAAAGUGUUGUUCAAGAGGGGGGGCACGAUGGAGUGCGGCAACUACCGGGGCAUCUCGCUCGUCGCACACGCCGGCAAGGUGCUGCUUAAGGUCGUCGCUACACGACUGAGCCACUACUGCGAGCGAGAGGGCAUCCUCCCGGAGGAUCAGAGCGGUUUCCGCCCACACCGGUCGACGCUCGACAUGCUGUUCGCCAUCCAGCGGCUCCAUGAGCUCGCGAGGAAGGAGAGUCUUGCGGUGUUCGCGUGCUUCGUCGACCACACCAAGGCAUACGAUUCGGUGGACCGAGACCUACUGUGGGACGUGCUCCGACGCUUCGGCGUGCCCCCGAAGAUGCUGGCGGUCAUUCGCCACUAUUAG